CUGCGAAACAAUUUGUCUGGAAAAUGGGUGCUGGGAAAACAUUAGUCUUUCAACCAUGGGCAUGGACGGUCUUCACUCUGGCAGUCCUCAUGGCUGGACUGUGCGCGGCACACGAUAAACGUUCAAUAAGCAUUGAUUGUGGGGUGAAUGAAGAUUACCUAGAUGAGCUAAGUGGAAUAUAUUACAAGUCGGAUUCAGAUUUUGUUACAGCUGGAGAGAAUAAACAGGUAUCCCCAGGAAACGAACUCACAAAUCCUCAAUUGAGGCAGAUGGUUAAGACCUUGAGAAGUUUUCCGGAGGGAAAGAAGAACUGUUAUACCCUUAAACCUGAACAAGGCAAAGGCCACCACUACAUGUUCAGAGCCUUCUUCACUUAUGGAAAUUAUGAUGGCCAGCAACUACCCCCUACGUUUGACCUAUACCUAGGCGUGAAUUAUUGGACAACUGUGGAAUUAGAGAACGGGAAUUGGUACUGGCACAACGAAAUCAUCCAAUUUUUAUGGACCGAUACAAUAGAUGUCUGCUUGGUGAAUGUUGGCUCCGGUAUUCCAGUCAUUUCUGGGUUGGAACUUCGGCUUUUGGACAACUCCAUUUACCAGAUUGAAUCAAGAGCACUCCAAUUAAAGUGGCGUUAUGACGUUAUGCCCGGAGACUAUUAUUCUACAACCAGAUACAAAGAUGAUGUUUACGACCGUGUCUGGUAUCAUCAUACUUUUUCUAAAGCGCGUUUAAUUCAAACGAAGGCAAACGUCAAUGUCCAAGCCAGUAACAAUAAUUAUGGAAUUCCAACAAAGGUUCUGGGAACGGCUACACAACCACUAAAUCAAUGGGACUCAUUGAAUUAUUCAGAAGAUUACUCUGCAAGCGAUUUAUAUGUCUACUUCCAUUUUGUUGAGAUUGUAAAUACCACAGAAAAUCAAAGGCGAGAAAUCAGCAUUACGUUGAAUAAUGUGAAGUUAGCCCCGAUUACUCUUGAAUACUUAAAACCACUAAGCAUAGGACCUCAGAACUUUUCAGUUGAUGGAUUUGUGAACUUUUCAAUUGAUGCAACGACAGAGUCCAGUCUUCCACCCCUUAUCAAUGCCUUUGAGGUUUACAUGGAUGCUGAUUUCCAGACAUCACCAACGUAUCUUGUGGAUGUUGAUGCAAUCAUAGAUAUCAAGCAAAUGUACAAGAUAAGUAGAUCUGAUUGGCAAGGAGACCCAUGUCUCCCAAAAGGAUAUGAGUGGAGUGGUUUGCGCUGCGGUUCUGAGAAUUCUACUACGAGGAUCAUAUAUUUGGAUUUGAGCUCAAGUAACUUAGAAGGGGAGGUUUCUUCUUCUUUCUUCAAAUUCACAGCAAUGGAGUCUCUGGACUUAUCAAAUAAUAAUUUGAAAGGAUCAGUGCCAGAAUUUUUAGCACAACUACCCAAGUUGAAAGUCAUUGAUUUAUCUGGAAACAACUUCGAAGGACAAAUUCCCAGGGUUUUAAAGGAGAAGUCUAAUAAUGGAACUGUGCAACUAAGAUUGGAAGAUAAUCCAUACCUAUGCCUGAUAGAUGCUUGUGAGAAAAACAAUCAUCCAGACCUAUGCCUAACAGAUGCUUGUGAAAAUAACAAUAAGAAGAAGAUUCUUGCCAUUGUUGCUUCUGUUGUGUCAGUUGUGGCCCUUCUUAUCUUCUUGAGUGUUCUCCUCAUCAUUUGUAGAAUCAAAAGGAUAAGACAAAAAGGGGCCAAAUUCAAGGAGGAGUGGGCAAUGAAAUCAAAGAAUAGGACCUUUACUUACUCUGAGAUUUCUAACAUAACUUCAAAUUUCUCAAUGGUUAUUGGAGAAGGAGGAUUUGGGAAAGUUUACCUUGGCACCUUGAAUGAUGGCACUUGUGUUGCUGUUAAGGUUCUGUCAUCAUCAUCAAAGCAAGGCUAUAAGGAAUUUCAAGUAGAGGCACAAUUGUUAAUGAUAGUUCAUCAUAAGAACCUAGUUUCACUCGUGGGAUACUGUGAUGAAGAUGACAAAAAAGCUUUGGUUUAUGAAUACUUGGCUAAUGGAAACUUGAGGCAGCAUUUAUUAGAUAGAAACACAAACAUUUUGAGCUGGAUUGAAAGACUUCAAAUUGCUGUAGAUGCUGCACAUGGAUUGGAAUAUCUGCAUAAUGGUUGCAUGCCACCAAUAGUUCAUAGAGAUUUGAAAACCUCCAACAUCUUAUUAAAUGAAAACUUGCAAGCCAAGAUAGCUGACUUUGGAUUAUCUAGAGCUUUUUUAACAGAAUUUGCUUCCCAUAUAUCAACUUGCCCUGCAGGAACACUCGGAUACCUAGACCCUGAGUUUCACUCAUCGAGAGUCAUUAACAAGAAAAGUGAUGUCUAUAGCUUUGGAAUAGUUCUACUAGAGCUAGAUAGUGGUCAGCCUGUCAUAACAAGAGGAGAAGAAGCCAUUCACAUAAUUGAGUGGAUUAAUCCUUUGAUUGAAAUAGGGGAUAUCCGAAAGAUCAUUGAUCCAAGGUUACAAGGUGAAUUCAACAUUAAUGCAGCCUGGAAAGCAGUGGAGAUAGCAAUGUCAUGUGUGUUGCCAAUUGGAAUCCAAAGGCCGGACAUGAGUUGUGUAUUAUCAGAACUCAAGGAGUGUUUGGAGUUGGAGAUGGGUUCCAAAGAAACUCAGAGGACGGAGAGCCAGAUAUUGAGUAAUUCACUUGAAAUCACUCCUCCUUCUGCUAGGUAAUUCAAUAGACAAUGCCUUGGGGAUUUGUAAAUGUAAAUCCCUCUUGUUGUUUAAAGCUUUCUAUGGUGUAUUUGAGACAAAGUCUGUUAAGUUAGUUUCUUAGCAGUUAUGCUUUUAUGUAAUUUUGUAAACCAUGUUAAUGGCGUAGUAGUUUGUAUUGUAGUUUCUUAACUUCAUUUUGUUUUAGCAACUACCGUGUAUAAGUUUCUGCUUUUUCUUCGAAACUAGAUGUAUCGUUGAUGCUGUUUUGCUGAGUAAUAUCAUAACUCAGUUCAUCAUGUACUUCAUUUUUCAAGCUUAAUCCUAGAGUUUAUGUUCAUAGUCAAGUAAGUUUUCAUCUUUACAUCAUCAACUACAAAUGAAA